AUGGCGUGGAGGCAACUGAAAAAGCGGGCCCAGGAUGCUGUGGUCAUCCUGGGGGGUGGAGGACUUCUCUUCGCCUCCUACCUCACCUCCGUGGGGGAUGAGCGUUUCUACGCGGAACGUUUGAUGCCGGCCCUACAGGGGCUGCUGGACCCGGAGUCGGCCCACAAACUGGCUGUGCGCGUCACCUCCCUGGGCCUCCUUCCUCGUACCACGUUUCAAGACUCUGCCAUGCUGGAAGUGAGGGUCCUGGGCCGUAAGUUCCGAAAUCCAGUAGGAAUUGCUGCAGGAUUUGACAAGCAUGGGGAAGCUGUGGAUGGACUUUAUAAGAUGGGCUUUGGUUUUGUUGAGAUAGGAAGCGUUACCCCCAAGCCCCAGGAAGGAAACCCCAGACCCAGAGUCUUCCGCCUCCCCGAGGACCAAGCCAUCAUUAAUAGAUAUGGAUUUAACAGCCAUGGAUUCUCAGUGGUGGAGCACAGGUUACGGGCCAGGCAGCAGAAGCAGACCCAGCUCUCAGAAGAUGGGCUGCUGCUGGGAAUAAACCUGGGGAAAAAUAAAACCUCAGUGGAUGCUGCUGCGGACUAUGCCGAGGGGGUGCGAGUCUUGGGCCCCUUGGCUGACUACUUGGUAGUCAAUGUGUCCAGUCCCAACACUGCAGGGCUGCGGAGUCUUCAGGGAAAGGCCGAGUUGCGCCACCUGCUGACCAAGGUCCUGCAGGAGAGGGCCGCCUUGACGGACGUGCACAAGCCGGCUGUGUUGGUGAAGAUCGCCCCUGACCUCACUGCCAAGGAUAAGGAGGAUAUCGCCGGGGUGGUGAGCGAGCUGGGCGUCGAUGGAUUGAUUGUCACAAACACCACUGUGAGUCGCCCCUCGAGCCUGCAAGGUGUCCAGCGUUCUGAAACAGGAGGACUGAGUGGGAAGCCUCUCCGGGACCUGUCAACUCAGACCAUUCGGGAAAUGUAUGCGCUUACCCAAGGCCGAGUUCCCAUCAUCGGGGUUGGCGGUGUUAGCAGUGGGCAGGAUGCACUGGAGAAGAUCCGCGCAGGGGCCUCCCUGGUGCAGCUGUACACAGCCCUCACCUACCAGGGUCCUCCUGUGGUGGGCAGAGUCAAACGGGAGCUGGAGGUCCUUUUGAAAGAACAGGGUUUUAGCAGCAUCACAGAAGCUGUUGGAGCAGAUCAUCGGAGGUGA